AUGUGCCCGACGGCGGAUCCCCCGGCCAAUGGCAACUCCAAUGGACAGACGAACGGUGCCAAUGGGAAGGCAAAUGGAGCCGACCACAAAGGAUAUACGGCCAUAGAAACAUCGCAAAAUCCGCAUCCGACACACAAGAACCCAUAUGCUCCGGUUGGAGACUUCCUCUCAAACGUCUCUCGAUUUAAAAUUAUCGAGUCCACACUGCGAGAGGGCGAGCAAUUCGCAAAUGCCUUCUUUGACACUGAAACCAAGAUCAAGAUCGCGAAGGCCCUGGAUGACUUCGGAGUCGACUACAUUGAACUGACGUCACCGGCGGCAAGCGAGCAAUCGCGCAAGGACUGCGAGGCCAUCUGCAAGCUCGGGCUUAAGGCUAAGGUCCUCACACACGUCCGAUGCCAUAUGGACGAUGCACGGAUAGCCGUAGAGACCGGUGUUGAUGGCGUGGACGUCGUCAUCGGCACCAGCAGCUAUCUCCGUGAGCACAGCCACGGCAAGGACAUGACCUACAUCAUCAACACCGCCAUCGAAGUCAUCAACUUCGUCAAGUCCAAGGGCCUGGAAAUCCGCUUCUCCUCCGAAGACUCCUUCCGCUCCGACCUCGUGGAUCUGCUGUCCGUCUACUCGGCCGUCAACAAGGUCGGUGUCAACCGCGUGGGUAUCGCCGAUACCGUCGGCUGCGCGACGCCGCGACAGGUGUACGAUCUCGUCCGAACCCUGCGAGGCGUCGUGUCGUGCGAUAUCGAGACGCAUUUCCACAACGACACCGGCUGUGCUAUCGCCAACGCCUACUGUGCUUUGGAGGCGGGCGCGACGCACGUCGAUACGAGUGUGAUCGGAAUUGGCGAACGGAAUGGCAUUACUCCAUUAGGAGGACUGAUGGCACGCAUGAUAGUCGCCGAUCACGACUACGUCACCUCCAAGUACAAGCUCCACAAGAUCAAGGAGAUCGAAGACAUGGUCGCCGAGGCGGUGGAGGUCAACAUCCCCUUCAACAACCCCAUCACCGGCUUCUGCGCCUUCACCCACAAGGCCGGCAUCCACGCCAAGGCCAUCCUCAACAACCCCUCCACCUACGAGAUCAUCAACCCCGCCGACUUCGGCAUGUCGCGCUACGUGCACUUCGCCUCGCGCCUGACCGGCUGGAACGCCAUCAAGUCGCGCGUCGAGCAGCUCGGCCUCUCCAUGACCGACGCCCAGGUCAAGGCCGUGACCGUUAAGAUCAAGGCCCUCGCCGACGUCCGGCCCAUCGCCAUCGACGAUGCCGACAGCGUCAUCCGCGCGUUCCACUUCAAUCUGUCCGCGGAGACGGAGCGGCCGCUGCUGCCGAACAUGACAGAGGAGGAGAUGGCGAAGCUGGAGGGUGCGGAGAAGGCGUUGAAUGAGGUGAAGAACAAGAGGGGGUUGGAUGAGGUGGAUCAGAUCGCGCUGGAGACGGCAGUGAAGAAGGUGAAGCAGGUGGCGGCAUGA